UUGGACACCAGAACAUCGGAAGUGGGAGCUGAAUUGCUCCGUUACAUUGUAGCGUUUGAUUAACGUAGUCUCGCAUCCGGAAAGAAGGCCGAGGCGAGCAGCGCACCCAGAGCCCAGACCCAGACUCCAGAGCACCCCAGAGACGGGACGCUUGGAAGAUGACAGCGGUUGCGAUGAUUUCGCCCGCGUCUCAGGGUAUAAUCCAGGUUGUGAAUGAGAAUAAUCUAAAUAAAAUAGCAAGCUUUCUCAACGACACUGCUUACAGAGAAGCCAUUGAAAACUCGUCUAAUUACAAUAGUCGAUUAUGUCGAGAACGACGUCUUCGUAUGCCUUUCCUUGACUCACAGACAGGUGUUGCGCAAAAUCAUUCUGCACUAUUUAUGUCUUCGAGAGAGAGAUUACCAGGUUUAUUACACGGUCAGAUUUAUACCUAUCCGAGCAAGCGAUGGCGAAAAAGACGACGCCAAUAUUUAAUGCACUACUUACAUCCAAAACGAGGACCAAGAGGCGAUACAGAGGAUGGAGUAGAAGGUGUUGAGACUGUUACGCAUGUAAAUGAUGAUAGCAAAGAUUCAGUAGCGCUUAAAGUCCUUUCAGACGAACACAGUAAAGAUGCUUGGUAUUAUGAUGAGCAAGAUAUGCUGGAUAUGGAUGCUUAUGAAGAACCCGAUCCUGAUAGCGAUUAUGAUUACGAAGAAAGCUAUAGCAGUAAAAGAAAACGAAGGAAAACUCGUGGAGGUGGUCAUCAUCCAGCCCGUAGUCAUCCACCUUCCACGGAUAGUCCAGGAGGUAAACGUUCAAAGGGUGGGGGCCGUGGGCGCAAAAAGACCAACUAUGAUUCCGUCGACUCUGAUAAGCCAUUCGUUUGUGACCUAUGCAGCGCACGGUAUAAGACCAGACCUGGUCUGGUCUACCAUUACGGUCAUUCCCACUCUACUUCCUCCGGUGAUCCUGCUAAGGAACUAAGUCCCAGUCCUGCCGAAGUUGAACCUAGGAGUGUUGCAGACACCACUGCUUCGAACCAGCCAGGUGGUACGCGUCGGGGUCGUCAGAACGCUACUUCCUCGAGUACCUCGAGUCCCUCUCCGGCGACACCGGCCGCCCUUGGUACGACGGGGGCUGCGGCACAACCACAGCAACUACCUCCGGUGCAGACGCCCGUUGCUCCAGCCUCGCCUACCGUUCCGACGCCUAAGGAAGACCACUUGCCGGCUGCCUCCUCACCCGGCACGGCCGUGCCAUCGCCGUCGUCUGUACGUGCGACGGAAAGCACGGGAGGAUGUGCUGGUGUGGCAGGAGCGGUCGGAGCAGCGACAGCGUCAGCAGGAGCCGGAGGGGUAACAGGAGGUGGAGGUACUGGAACAGGAAGUACCGGAGCAGGAGGGGCGGCAGGAGGAGGAGGAGGAGGAGGAGGAGGAGGAGGAGGAGGAGGAGGAGGAGCAGGAGCAGGAGGAACAGGAGCAGGUGGAUCACCUACCCCUGGUCCGACGGAGAAGAAAGCCAGCGGCAAGUCGUCAGCGGCGCAGCCGUCCCCUUAUUGUGACUUCUGCCUGGGUGAUGCGAGAGAAAACAAAAAGACUGGCGGCUCGGAGGAGUUGGUCUCGUGCAGCGAUUGCGGCCGCUCAGGGCAUCCAACUUGUUUGCAAUUCACUGCAAACAUGAUCGUUUCUGUUCGCAAGUACAGGUGGCAGUGUAUCGAAUGCAAAUGUUGCUCCAUUUGUGGUACUUCUGACAACGAUGAUCAGCUGCUGUUCUGUGACGACUGUGAUCGUGGAUACCACAUGUAUUGUCUGUCUCCACCUCUUGCGUCUCCCCCCGAGGGCUCCUGGUCUUGCCGCCUAUGCAUAGCCGAAUUUCAUCACCGUGAUUAAGUCCAUUUUCGUAGAUAAUUCAACAAAUUGUCUACCUCUAUGGUGCAGCGCUCGUCUUCGAAUUAGGAGAGUAUUCACCAACUCACUUUCCUCGUAUAUCGUACGACACACAUCGGCGGAAUUUCCCGGGAAAAAAAAAAAGCAAAAAAAAACAAAAAAACGGAAGCCAGCUCCAACUUGAUU